CUUUAAUCUAGGUUGGACGGUUGCCGAGCUUCUCGAGCUUCUUUCCGGUGGGGUCGUCAACGAAGCCUGUAGUCCGGUGGGAAUCAGCAAACAAAAAUGACGUCCAAGGUAUCCCGCGAUACCCUGUACGAGUGCGUGAACGGCGUGAUUCAGCACUCGCAGGAGCACAAGAGGAAAUUCUUAGAAACAGUGGAGCUCCAGAUUGGUUUGAAGAAUUACGAUCCGAUGAAGGACAAACGUUUCUCGGGCACCGUCAAACUAAAAAACAUUCCUCGUCCAAAAAUGCAAGUAUGCGUCCUAGGGGAUCAACAGCACUGCGACGAGGCGAAAGCUAACAAUAUUCCUUAUAUGGAUGCGGAAGCUUUGAAAAAACUAAACAAGAACAAGAAGCUAGUUAAGAAAUUAGCCAAGAAGUACGACGCUUUCCUUGCAAGCGAAUCGUUGAUCAAGCAGAUUCCUCGUCUUCUGGGUCCUGGACUGAACAAAGCCGGUAAAUUCCCUGGUCUGCUCUCUCACCAGGAGUCGAUGGUUGGCAAAAUCGAUGAGGUCAAAGCGACGAUCAAGUUCCAAAUGAAAAAAGUUCUGUGUCUCUCCGUGGCCGUGGGGCAUGUCGAAAUGACGCCGGACGAGCUGGUGCAGAACGUCCACUUGUCGAUCAAUUUCCUGGUCUCGCUGUUGAAGAAACACUGGCAGAACGUACGAUCCCUCCACAUAAAAUCUUCCAUGGGACCACCUCAACGGCUAUACUAAACGAUCGCGUUAGCUUUUGAACUGUUCCUUGAGCGAAUAAAAAGGAUGCGCGAUAA